CCGCCGCGCCGCUGCUCCAAAAAAGGAGCUAGAGCUGCCAUAGAGACGUGGCAGGCAGUUGUUAGACACAUUCUGUCACAUAUUUAGCAGACAAGCGUUUGAGCUAGCAAGCGCGGCACGCAGCGGCCGAAGCCAAGCCGCCGCUCUCUCUGAGCAUAAACAGGGCAAAAAACAAUGGACAACCUUCAGUCCGUCGAGUGCGAGGGCGCCCUCCAAGCUGCGCUGAGCCCGGACGGCUCUUUAAUAUGCUUGGCCCGCGUCGGCGCGAACGGCGCCGCCGUCGUAAAGACGAGCUCGGCGUUUGUCGCGGAGAUCGAGGGCACAGCGGCGCACAGCGUAGCGGCGGCGAGCUGGAGCCACGACGGGCUGAGGGUGGCCUGCGGCGGCGCGGCGCCCGCGCCGCCGCCCGGCACCGCGCCGCCGGCGCCCCGCUUGGGUUUCGUGACGUGCUCGACGGCUCUUACAGGUGCGAGAAGCUUCGCCACCCAGCGGCCGGCGCCGGUUUUAUCAUUAGAAUUCUCACCGGACGACACCAAACUAGCUCUGGCGAGAACGGACGGCUUUGUGGAAGUGGUGGACGGCACGACGGGUGAUAUCCUCCAACGAUUGAGGUUGAGAGGUUUUGAGGAGCUGUACGACCAUAGAGCUCCUUUCGCAGGGUGUACACCAGACAGACCCAUACCACCGAGACCACCGACAACCCCGACGCCCUGUGUCGGUGUGGUCUGGACCCCACAAUCCUCAAAACUCGUCGUAGCACGGGCGUCGGAAGCCACUAUUUGUGAUUUGAACAUGGCGCCCUGCGCGCCCUUCGGCAACCCGGAGGCCUCGCUCCAGGAGCGUCAGAUGGAAGACGAAGCCGCGGACGACGCGCAGACCGUCACGAGGUCCUUGAAAUUAUCGUGCGGGAGCUCGGCGCGGUCCGUGGCGACGACCACCACCGUUGGUGCUACUAAUCAACAUUUCGUGGCGGUCUGCGGCGGGUCUAGGGUCGUGUUAGCUCAACUGAAUGAGUUGGCGAUCGAAGUCAAUGGUGAUAUCGUAUUAGAUCGCGCGUUAACGGAUGGCAGUAAACCGUGGGUGUCGGCGUGCGCCGUGGCCUUCUGCAGCGGCAUUAGAUUAGUUGUUGGUGGUGAGUUAGCAGAAGCCCAGGGCGCCGUCGCGAUCUUCGACUGUUCCAAUGGCAAUCCCCUCUCCACGCAUAGGGCGAGAGCGCCCGUCUUAUCACUCAGUGUUAGUGCAGAUGGCAAGACCAUGGCGGUGGGGGAGAAGAAGACCGCGCCACCGCCGCAACCGACCGUCGCAGACGCCCCGGCGCCGGCCCCGAAAGACCCAAAAAUGUUCCAGUUUGGUAGUCAAGAGAAUCUCCAGGCGCCGGCGGCGCCCGUGCCCGUCGAGGACGAGGGCCCGAAUCUCCUGAAGCUCGUCUUAGACCAGCACGCCCAAAAACUAAAAAAGAUUCUCGAGGAUGAAUUUUCUUCAAUUGCUGCCGCGGCGGCGAUCGCUCCGGCGCCCGCGCCGGACGCGAUGGACACUUCUAGUGAUCAGCCGUCACAACCGGCCGCUCAACAGGCCCUGGACCGGGCCAAGACGAAAAUCGCGGAGACGUGCGAGCGCCACCAGGAGAUGGUGCUGCAGUUGUUCCAUGCCGAGCGCAUGGUCCUCGAGUGGCGCGCGCACGGCUUCAUGCAGGCGGGCGCCGAGGGCGAGGAGGACGCGGCCGCCCCGGCGGCGGCCCCGCCGCCGGCGCCGGCGCCGGCGCAGCAGUAG